AUGAUAGUAAAGAUAUUAGUGCUAAUAUAAAUUAUUUUAAUUAGUAGAAUUGCUUAAUGCGUACAAGUUAUAUAGAUGCAUACAUAGAUUACCAAAGAUUAUCAUUUAAAUUAAAGGAUAGAUUUAUCGAAAGAGUAUAAAAAAGGAGAAGAGAUAUAAUAUGAAAUAAAAAUAUCUUUAGUUGGAGAGUAUUCAGACUAUGAAUUAAUUAUUUAUGCUGAUGAUGAUAUAAUUGAGAGUAAGUUUACUAUGUAAACCCAAAUUUAAUUUCCUAUCAAUAAAGAUAUAUGUAAUUAGAAUCUUUAUUAGCGUAAUCGAAUAUGCAUUGAUUAAAUGUAUCAAUAUGGCUAUUAAUAUUACUUAUUAUAUCAACUCACAAUAAAAUGCUUAUCUGAUAUUUGUAGGACUAGAUAGUAUUUUAUUGUUCAAAAAAAAAGAUAGUAAAGCGAGGAAAAAUUACAACCAUAUAAAAUGAUACUGUAAAAGUUUUUAUUUAAAGAGCAACUAGAAAAAAGGUUUUAUCUAAUUAACCAAAAUGCAAAUUUAGAUAAAAUUAUAGUCCUUGUAGAUGAGGAUCAUCCUUGCUAUAACAAUGUAUAAUUUAAUUUUUAAUAUUAGCUGGUUGAAAUCAAGUGCUAGGAAGAAGUAGAAUUAGUCUUUGUAUCUUCCGAUCUGUAUGAUUUGCUAUUUUUAGGAUAAUAAAUGAAAAACUUUGAACUAUAACCUUAAAUCAAAUACAAUUUUAGAUAAUUUAAUCAUGAAAUUUUUUUUAUUCGUGGUUCUUGCAGCUUGAGAACAGAUUAAUAAGAAGUAGAAUUAGUAUCAGAUAUUGCUUAUCUGGUUUUAGGAAUAGAAAUAUUUAUAGGAGAAGUAUACAUUUACUGCAACUAAACUACUAUAUUCCUGGUAUCAGAUUACUAUAAUGAUUUGUUUUUUAGAACUAUUUAUAUUUAAGAACCAAAAAAAGGUGAAUAAUAUUAGAUAAAUUAUAUCUAAUAAGAAAAUUAUUAUAGUAGAGACUAUUAAUAUGAUGAUUGUUUUUAAUUUUAAUCCAAAAAUUUUUAUUUUUAUGUAUUGAGAAGUAAUUCAACAUAGUAAAUUGAUUCCAAAUCAAGUACACCAGAAGAAUUAGAGUAAGAAUACCAAAUUUAAAAAAUAUCUUAUGAAAUUAACUAGGAAAUAUGCUUUCAAAAUUCAAAUUAAUUUUACCAACAUUAUUUUGUAUUAAAUAAAAACAAAGGAGAUAUAUUUAUGCACAUAAAAAGAUUGCUUAAAUAAACUACUUAUUUAAUAAAAUCAAAAUUAAAAUACUUCACCCCUAUUAGAAUGAAUAUAGAAUCUUUGUAUUUUUUGAGAGUUAGUCCUUGCUCAGAAUGUGCAUUGACUAAAAUAUGUUUAUAAACAGAUAGUGAAAAAUUUAAAAUAUCGUUUAUAAGUAACACAAAAAGAAAAUUUUAUGAAUUAGAUAAAACUAAUUAGUGCUAAAUGAUAUUUAAAGAUGUGAUAUAUGAUCUUUAUAUAUAUCCUGAAUAUAGGAAAUUAUAUUCCAAUUCAAGGAUAGUAUAUCAAUGUUAUUGUGAAAGUAGCACAAACAUUUACAAUACAAUUUAAAUUAAUAAUAAUGAAGCAAUGGAAGUAAGUGUAAAUAAUUAUUUUAUAAGACUACUAUAUGAAAAAUAAUCAAUUAAUUCAUAUUAUAAUUCAAUCUUGAAAUUAUCACCAUAUUAAGGAUGCUUUAAAUAAAUUUUAGCAUAAGAUAACAAUAUGUUUAUUCCUGUUGAUUUCAUUUAAAGUUAAAGUGGAGAUGAUUGCUAAGUAUUUCUUUAAGAGAGAUAUUUCUAAGAAAAAUAAAAUUUUUAUUAAAUUUGUUUUUUAUCAGAAAUUAUAUUUGAUAAAAUUUAAAUAAUAAAUAAACCAUAAAUCAUCUUCAAAAAUAAUUUUGCUUAAAUUAGCUAAGUAAUUCAACCUUUUGUUUCUUUUAAAAAGUCUUAGUUUAAUUUUUAUUCAGAUAAAAUUUUGAUUAAAACUAGUUUAUCUAACUCGAUAAUUAAAAUUAAUGAUGAAAAUAUUUUAUAAUUACAUGCAAAUUAAAUUCUUUCUAUUGAUUUGAAGCAGCAAGAAACUAUUGAUAUUAUUUUUUAAUUGCAUGUUUAAGCUCCUGUUUCAGUAACAAUUUUCUUUGAAAACAUUUCUUACACAAAUGAUCCAAGUAACGACUUUGAUAGUUAGUUUUAUUACUUGCAAUUCUAUUACUUUUGGAAUAACUAAGAAAGAGGUUUUCAAUUUAAAGGUGAUUUUUAUUAUUAAUAUUUAUACUAACCAAUAAGUAAUGAAAAGAAAUCGAAUUUUGACUUAAGAUAACUUAAAUAUUCUAAUUAGUUAUAAAAACUUUCAUGUAAUGGUAUUAAGCCAAAAGGAUCUAUUGGGUUAUUAAUUAAACCUUUUGAAUAUUAAGUUUCUUAAUCUGAUGAGACAGAAGUUUAUUAAAUCAAGCUUCAAAAUGAUGAAUAAGAAAAAUCUCUUGAGAUUUACAAUGUUUGCUAAUAAAUACUAUUAAAUCUAAAAUUAUAAAAUUUAGAAUUAAAGUCAAAACUUUUUAUUAAAUAUCUUUAACCAAUAAAAAUAAUUGUAAUUUUAUCACUAAGAUUAGAAGAAAUCAUAAUUUUGGGAUAUGGUAAUAACUUUAAAGUUUAUGUUGGUACAUAGUUUAGAGAUGCAUUAUCCUAAGGAAAUUAAUAAUAUAAAUUAGGUUUUUAAAUUUUAAAUAUUACCCUAUUAAAAAUAUAAAAUUUAAAUGAGUAAUAAUUAAAGUAGUUAUUCUUCAACAAUAAUGCAUUAUUGGUUCGAAAUUUCUGA